AUGGAACGGAACAACGCCACUGACCAGGCCGCUGUCAAGCAAAGCCAGAUUGAUGAGCUAAUUGCUGAACGCAAUGAACUUAGCCACACCCUGGUCCGCAUGACAGUCAGCAACCAAGCAGCAAGUCGAGGUGUCACCCCCUCUGAGACUACCCGGAGGUCUGUCAAGAUUGAUGACCCAAAACACCUCACUGACGGCAAGGAGCCAAAAUUUGAACACUGGCUCUCCCGGAUGAAGAACAAGCUCCGGGAGAACGCUGACCACUACCCUACUGAACGCAUGAGGAUUGCAUACAUCGAAAACCGGACUGAUGGGGACGCGGCACGUCACAUUGCGCCCCGUAUGGAAGAGGACCACCCCGAGCGAUAUCAGACUGCAGAAGAGAUAUUUGAGCACCUCAAGUCAAUAUAUGAGGAUGCUAACAAGCUGCAAAAUGCCAAGAGUGAUUAUCGCAAGCUGAUUAUGCACAAUGGGGACAAUUAUCAUGAAUUUGUCACAAAAUUCUUACACCUGGCAGGUGAGGCCAAGAUUGCCAGGGGGGACUACAAGACAGACUUCAAUGACAAGCUGUCCUUUGACCUCCAGAAGAUGGUAGCAGUAGCCAAUGCGACCACUGAUACAUAUGCUGAGUUUCAGAAAAUCUGUGCGCAGGCAGCUCACACCCUCCAGACAAUCAAUGCCACCCAGAAAUCAAAGAGCUCGCGGGGAAAUGGGCCUAAUACCUUCAAGCAGAACACCCUGCGGACCGCCAACAGUCAAACACCCCCCAGCAUCUCUACAACAAAAUCCCCUACUGUGAAGGAGGCCUUGAGCUCUCGUCCGGAUAUUCAGUGCUACUACUGUAAGGAAAAAGGCCACAUUGCCAGGAACUGCCCUGCAAAGCAGAAGUCCCAGCAGGUGAUUGCUGAGCUCACAGGGAAUGAUGCCCCUGAGCCUUCAGCAGAUUCGGGAAAAGACUUUAAUGUACCAAUCAAAUUAGCCUACAAUGGAAUUGCUACUUCUACAAAUUCUCUUGCUGAUACUGGAGCAAAUGGAGCGAAUUUUAUUGAUACCCGAUAUGCCAUAGAAUUGGCAAGAUUCUUUGAUAGGAAGUUUCAAGAACUCCGAUUCAAAUGCCGCAUGAAGGGAUACAAUGGCGCCCCCGGCGGGGUGAUAGACCGCACAUUGACCCUAAACCUCUGGGUGGAUGGCCGGAGAUUUCAGAAUGUCCCUCUGCUGGUAACAGACCUAGGCCAGCACCCUGUCAUCCUGGGACGGAAGUGGUUGGCAGCACAGGAUAUAUGGCUUGAUGUUAAAAACCAACGCCUGGUUUGGCCGAGUGAACGGUCUAUCCCUGAACAGGUGGCGGAGCCGAUGUUGAAGAUAGUACCCUGGUCAGUACUGAAGCGCCCAGACCCCAAGCCUGAGCAUCAGGCGGAUGUGGAACGAAGAGAGAUCAAGCUGGAUGAGGAGAUCAGACAGGAGCAUCAGGCUCAGCUCCGCAGAUUGAAAGGGACCAGCUCAGUCGUGAUGCCUGAGACGAGGCAGGGGCUGACCUGGGAGGAGACAGCACCACAGAUGAUGGAUAUGAACUUCAUUGGGGCUGCUUCCUUCCAUGGUUAUAUGAAGAACAAGAAGUCAACAGUCUUCAUAACCAGUCUGUAUGAAAUUGAUAAACAGCUUGAGGAGAAGCGGGGUUUAGUGGGAGCUGAGGAUGAGUCUGAUGAGGAGCUGAUCAGCAACUUACCAGAAUGGUUGAAAGGCCGGGAGGACUGCUUCUCAAAGAAAGCAUCAGAUGAACUGCCCCCCCUACGGAAGAAUGUUGAUUUUAAAAUAGAGCUCCAGCCUGAUGUUGACCUCACCCAGGGCAUUGGACAUGCGCCUCUAUAUAAGAUGAAUCUAGAGGAACUAGAGGCAGUGAAGACCUACCUUGAAGCCAACCUAGCAAAGGGUUUCAUCACCCCAAGUUCAGCCCCCUACGCCUCCCCAAUCCUGAUUGCCCGUAGUGGGAAGAAGCUACGAUUCUGUGUUGACUUUCACAAGCUGAAUGCUAUAACCAAACGAGAUCAGUAUCCCUUGCCCCUGAUAGAUGAGCUGAUGGACCAACUCAAUGGGGCGAAAUACUUUACAAAGUUGGACAUUCGGCAGGGGUUCCAUCGCAUCCGAAUGGACCCUGAGUCUGAGGACCUGACCACCUUUAGAACCCGCUACGGGACCUAUAAAUAUCGGGUGGUCCCCUUUGGCCUUACAAACGCCCCUGCCUGCUUUCAACGGUUUGUUAACAGUAUCUUCUUUGACUACCUGGACAAGUUUAUGACAGCAUUCAUGGAUGAUCUUCUAAUCUAUAGCAAGAAUCUGGAGGAGCACAAGCAGCAGGUAAACUCAGUGCUAGACCGACUAAAGACAGCGGGUUUGCAAGCCAGCAUCCAGAAAUGUGAGUUUGCAGUCCAGAGGACAAAAUACCUAGGGUUCAUCAUCAGUACAGAAGGGAUUGAGGCAGACCCAGAGAAGACAGCUGCCAUUGUGAGAUGGCAGGCCCCCACCACAGUCAAAGGAGUCCAGUCAUUCCUAGGAUUUGGCAAUUUCUACCGACGAUUCAUAAGGAACUACAGCCGAAUCGCAAAGCCACUGUACCAAUUGACAAAGAAGACUACCCCAUUUGUGUGGACAUCAGAAUGCAAAUCAGCCUUUGAAAAACUGAAGAGGCAGCUGGUGGAGGCUCCAACACUGCGUUACUAUGACCCUGAGCGGGAGACUCGUAUUGAGACUGACGCCUCUGACGGAGUAGUGGCUGGGGUACUAAGUCAAAGAUUUGAAAAUGACCUUUGGCACCCAGUAGCCUUCUAUUCAAAGACAAUGAAUGGUGCAGAGCUUAAUUAUGAAGUUCAUGAUAAGGAAAUGCUGGCAGUAGUCCGGGCCUUACAAGAAUGGCGGGCAGAGCUUGAGGGACUACAACGGGAGGAACGAUUCAAGAUCCUCACUGAUCAUCAAGCUGAAUGCACGUCAAGCCGCUGGGCAGAGUUCCUCUCCCGUUUCUACUUUGAGAUCAAGUAUCGACCAGGCAAGGCCAACCUGCUAGCAGACGCACUGAGCAGGCCUGAGCAGGUUAGAAGGCAACAGGACGGCCGUAUGCAGAUCCUCCUAGGACCAGAGACCCUCGACCCCCAGAUCACUCCCUCUACAGACAUUGCUAGCAUCAACUCCUCAGAGAAAGAGAGCAUUGCUGAAUGCAUAGUGUCUCUAAACAAGACAGCCACCUCAAUUGAGCCCCUGCGGCAGCAGGCAGAUGAUGAGAAUAGUCCCUAUACAAUGGAGGACAAUGUGCUACGGUACAAUGGAAGACUAGUGGUGCCUGUUCAGGAAAAGGAAACCCUGAUAGCCAAGCUACUGCAGGAAAUUCAUGAUCAAGCUUCAACAGCACACCCUGGAGGACGAAAGACCCUGGCCCUGGUGCAAUCACGCUAUUGGUGGGCCACCUGGCGGACAGACGUCCUACGCUAUAUUCGGAACUGCCAUGUGUGCCGGAUCAGUAAAAUUCCAAGAGAUAAGACUCCUGGUUUGCUAAAGCCAUUACCAAUACCAGAACGGGCAUGGCAGCAUAUUGCAAUGGACUUCAUGGACGUGCCGAAAAGCAAAACAGGUUAUGAUGCCAUUUUGGUCAUAGUAUGCCGGCUAAGCAAGAAGACAAUCUCCAUUCCAACCACCCGGGGAGUUACAGCCCAGGAGCUGGCCCGACUAUUCAUUCGAUUCUACUAUUCAUACAAUGGGGCGCCUGACUCAAUUGUCUCUGACCGAGGCCCCCAGUUCAUAUCAAGCUUUUGGGAUGAGUUUACACAGAUCCUGGGCAUAAAACUGAAACUCUCAACGGCGCAUCAUGCACAAACUGAUGGACAGACAGAAGUGGUGAAUCAAUACAUUGCCACCCGUCUUCGCCCCUAUGUCAGUUACUACCAAGACGACUGGGAUGAGUGGCUGCCCAUUAUAGACCAUGCCUCCGCAGCUACCCCAAACGCUUCCACAGGGAUCUCCCCCUUCCUCGCAGCAAAUGGAUAUGAACCCCGAAUGUCAUUUGACUGGCAACCACUGGCGGAGAAAUUGGACAUGAAUGAGAAAAGAAAUCGAGAAGCAGCAAGGAGCUUCAUUCACCGAAUGAGAGAGAUCUGGAACCAGGCGAGUAAAGGCAUAAAGACAGCACAGGAACAGAUGAAGAGGCAGACUGACAAGCACCAUCGAGAGCCUGACUUUGCAGUAGGAGAUUUUGUUUAUCUAACAUUGAAAUCAUACAAGAUGGAUCGACCAAGCCGUAAACUGGCAGAGCAGAAUGCCGGCCCCUUCAGAAUCCUGGAAAAGGUGGGCAAUGCCUACAAACUGGACCUCCCCAUAACAAUGAAAAUUCAUUCAAUCUUCUCCCCAGACAAGCUACGCAAGGACUCCAGAGACCCUCUACCUGGCCAGACUAUCAGACCACCAGACCCAAUUGAAAUAGAUGGUGAGAAUGAAUGGGAAAUAGAUCGUAUACUGGCCAGUAGAAUAAGCCGGAGCAAGCUGCAGUAUCGGGUGCGCUGGAAGGGGUUUGAUGAGGAUUCUUCAUGGUACCCCGCUCGCGACUUCAAAGGAUCACCACACGCCAUACGCGACUUCCAUGAGGCUAACCCUACAAAAGCUGGACCCCCAAGGCGACUAGAUGAGUGGCUGAAGGCAUGGGAGACAGACAGCUACCUGAAGGACGAGGUUGAUGACGACCUACCGGCAUGA